AUGGCACCGUCGGUUACAGAUUCGCAGGAAACCAGCACAGCUAAGAAGCUCAUCAUCAAUGCGUUUGUAGAGAGCUGCAGCGGGCAUCAGUCCCCAGGGCUGUGGCAGCACCCAGACGACAAGUCUUCAGGCUUCAACAAUAUUCGUCACUGGGUAGAUCUGGCAGUAUACUUGGAAAAGGCCAAGUUUCAUGGAAUAUUCAUUGCUGAUGUUCUGGGCGCCUAUGAUGUAUACAAGGGUCCCAAGAAUGCGGCACCGGCCAUUGUUUCCGGAGCGCAAUGGCCUGUGAAUGAGCCACUGGCAACUGUUCCAGCCAUGGCCGCUGCGACUAAAAACAUUGGCUUUGGUGUGACGAUUGCCACGACAUACGAGCAGCCAUACCACCUCGCGCGCCGUCUCAGCACCGUCGACCAUCUUACCAGUGGUCGCGUGGGAUGGAAUAUCGUCACUGGCUAUCUUGAUUCGGCGGCUAGAAACUUGGGUUAUGCCGAACAGCCCAAGCACGAUGAGCGCUAUACAAUUGCAGAGGAAUAUGUCAACGUGACUUAUAAACUUUGGCUAUCUUCAUGGCGUGACGAUGCCGUCAAGCUGGAUCGCCAAAAGGGCAUCUAUACCGACCCGGAGCUAGUUCGCACAAUUGACCAUGUUGGUCAGUACUACACUGUACCUGGACCACACAUCUGUCAGCCCUCGCCGCAGCGAACACCCGUCAUCAUGCAAGCCGGAACAUCAAGCUCAGGCAAAGCAUUUGCUGCCAAGCAUGCCGAAGUCAUCUUUGUCGCAGGCCACAGCCCCAGCACCGUAGCCAAGAACAUUGCAGAUAUCCGCAGCCAGGCAAAGGAUCAGUACGGCCGUGACCCUAGCACCAUCAAGUUCCUCGCGUUGCUGUGCCCCAUCAUCGGCGAUUCGCAAGAGGAAGCCGAUGCGAAAUACAAGGAAUACCUUUCCUAUGGCUCUGAAGACGGUGCCCUGGCCCUCUUUGGUGGCUGGACAGGCAUCGACCUUGCGCAGUAUGCAGACGACGAGGAGCUGCGACACGUUGAGUCCAACGCCAUCCGCUCCGCUGUGGAAGCUUGGUCCAAAGCAACACCAGACGUGCCCAAAUGGACAAAGCACACGGUAGCCAAUCACAUUAAGGUGGGUGGUCUGGGAGCCACGGUCAUUGGCACGGCAAGCAAGGUAGCCGACGAGAUGGAGCGCUGGGUCAAGGAGGCCGAUGUGGACGGCUUCAACCUCGCCUACGCCCUAUUUCCCCAGACCUUUGAAGACGUGGCAGACAAGCUGCUUCCCGUGCUCCGAGACCGGGGUCUGUUUUGGGAUGACUAUGCCGUGCAGGACGGCACAUACAGAGAAAACCUGUAUAGCCGCCCCGGGCAGCGUGUGCCACCUCCUGAUCAUCCAGCCGCCGCGUUCCACUGGAAAGCGGAAUAA